ACCGUCACGGGAAGGGCGGUGCGCCGCGGCGGCGCCCGUUUCCUUCGUCGCGUCUCGGCAGCUGAGGCGGCCGGGGCCGGGCUCACCGGUGGCCAGGGCGGCGGCGAGGUGGUGAUGGCGUACUUCGUGGAGAACUUCUGGGGGGAAAGGAACAAUGGCUUUGAUGUCCUUUAUCACAACAUGAAACAUGGGCAUUUGUCAACAAAAGACUUAGCAGACUUUAUAAGAGAAAGGGCUACAAUAGAGGAGGCAUAUUCAAGGUCAAUGACAAAACUAGCCAAAUCAGCAAGUAACUACACACAACUUGGGACAUUUGCACCAGUUUGGGAUAUUUUCAAAACCUCAACAGAAAAACUAGCAAGCUGUCACUUGGAUCUUGUGCGGAGAUUACAAGAGCUAAUAAAAGAAGUUCACAAGUAUGGAGACGAACAAAUCAAAGCUUGUAAAAAGACUAAAGAAGAUGUUUCAGGAACAUUGGAAGCAGUGCAAAAUAUUCAGAGUAUCACUCAGGCCUUGCAGAAAUCGAAGGAAAACUACAAUGCAAAGUGUGUUGAACAAGAACGUUUGAAAAAGGAAGGAGCAACACAGAGAGACAUUGAUAAGGCUGCAGUUAAAUCAAAAAAAGCUACAGAUACCUAUAAACUCUAUGUGGAGAAAUAUGCUGCAUUGAAGUCUGAUUUUGAACAGAAAAUGACAGAAACUGCACAGAAAUUUCAAGACAUUGAAGAAACUCACCUUCUUCGUAUGAAAGAAAUUAUAGAGUCAUUGUCAAAUACCAUAAAAGAAAUUCAUUUACAAAUAGGAGAGGUGCAUGAAGAAUUUAUUAAUAAUAUGACAAAUACUACAGUUGAGAGUUUAAUACAGAAAUUUGCUGAGUCAAAAGGAACUGGCAAGGAAAGACCUGGCCCUAUUGAAUUCGAAGAAUGUAACAUAUCCAGUGCAGUUGAAGGUGUAAAACCACGGAAGAGGAAGCCUUUUGGGUUAUCAGGAAUAAUGAAAAAGGAAAAAGAUACUGAAUCUAUGGAGUGUCCAGAUGCAGACUCAGUUAACAUUCCUGGUGUGGAUGAUGAAGGAUACAGCAUUAAACCAGAAGCAACACAGGAUAGCAAAGAGAACCAUUUCUAUUCAUCCAGUGAUUCUGACUCUGAAGACGAUGAACCCAGGAGAUUCCAUGUAGAAAUAAAACCUGUCCAGCCAAAUAGUCUCUCUCAGUAUACCAUGCCUUCCUUGGAUGAAUUAAAAGUAUCUAUAGGGAACAUCACUCUUUCUCCAGCUGUCUCUCAGAGACACAGUCCUGCACUAAUGAAUCCAAAUUCAUCAAGUGAAGAGUUAAAAUCAAAGCCUUCUGCUCCAGCAAAUGAAAAGGGGAACAGUGACCUACUGGCAUGGGAUCCACUCUUCAGCAGUUCUCUUGAGUCUUCUUCUUCUGCUUCUUUGACUUCUUCAUCCUCCUCAGCAAGACCCACAACUCCUCUUUCUGUAGGCACCAUUGUACCCCCUCCAAGGCCUGCUUCAAGACCAAAGCUGUCUACCGGAAAACUCAGUGGGAUUAAUGAAAUACCUAGACCAUUCAGCCCUCCAUCAGCCUGUAACUCAAGUCCACCUCCUGCAGCUCCAUUGGCACGUGCAGAGAGUAUUUCCUCAAUAUCCUCUUCUGCUUCUCUCAGUGCAGCGAACACACCUACAGUUGGUGUUUCACGUGGUCCCAGCCCCGUCAGCCUUGGAAACCAGGACACCUUGCCUGUUGCAGUAGCCCUUACUGAGUCUGUUAAUGCCUACUUUAAAGGAGCAGAUCCCACAAAAUGUAUUGUGAAGAUUACUGGUGAUAUGACAGUAUCGUUCCCUAGUGGGAUUAUUAAAGUCUUCACCAGCAACCCAUCUCCAGCUGUGCUCUGCUUUCGAGUGAAAAACACAAGCAGGCUAGAGCAGAUUCUUCCAAACGCGCAGCUUGUAUACAGUGAUCAGUCACAAAGUGAUUCCAGUACUAAAGAUUUUUGGAUGAACAUGCAAGCUAUAACUGUCUACCUCAAGAAAUUAUCAGAGCAGAAUCCAUCUGCAUCCUAUUACAAUGUGGACGUUUUAAAGUAUCAGGUAUCUUCAAAUGGCAUCCAGUCCACUCCUUUGAAUCUUGCAACUUACUGGAAAUGUAAUGCUAGCACUACUGAUGUGAGAGUGGAUUACAAGUACAACCCAGAGUCUAUGAAUGUGCCUAGUGUGCUGUCUAAUGUCCAGGUUGUGGUACCAGUAGAUGGAGGAGUAACAAACAUGCAAUCACUUCCACCUGCAAAAUGGAACUCAGACCAGAUGAAAGCAUAUUGGAAAAUAUCGAGCAUUUCAGAGAAGUCUGAGAAUGGAGGUUCAGGAUCCCUCAGGGCAAAAUUUGAAGUUUCAGAAGGACCUAGUAAACCAGCAACACUUGCAGUGCAAUUCAUUAGCGAAGGAGGCACCCUUUCAGGAGUAGAUGUGGAGCUUGUAGGCACUGGUUAUCGGCUUUCCCUCCUUAAGAAGAGAUUUGCCACUGGGCGGUAUAUGGCAGACUGCUGAUGUACCUGUGAAAGUCAUUGGAACAAAGGAGUACAAGAAGCUCACUUUGCCCUCUCUGCUUUUCAAACACUAUUUCAACAUGCAUUAAUUUUUUUUGCAAAACAUUGACCUACUUCAAGGCUGAACUACAGAACAGAAAAUGCACUUUUAAAAGUCAUUUUGCAAACUUUUUAUUACUUUAUGAUAGCACUGAAGUUAACUUCAACACUGUCUUUAAACAAUCAACUGCAAUAUUUGGGAAGAUUUGUCUGAUUUUUUUUUUUUAAAGUUUAUAUAGAUGAAGCCAAAAUAGUAAUCCAUAGCUGUAAUAAAAGUAUGAAACUGUAUGCUAUUCUGUAAACAUUAAACCUAAAAAUGGAAGAGAGUAAGAAAUAUGUGAGCUUUCCGCCAGAGAUAGUAAUUUCUCAGAUUCUUUAACUACCAGUUUGUAAAGGAAGCCAAGGCAAAGUCUCCUGUAGCUCUUCUAUCUACUCAUGCCACAAAACCAGCUGAUUUAGAGAUGUAUAAAAGAAAUGUAACUUGAUGCCCAUGUACCAUAUAUUAUUAACAUGUGAGUUGUUUUAUAUAGGUGUUUUUUUUUUCCCUAAGUGCAAUGCGUUACAGAAUUGCAGAAAAAACAGCGGAGAUUUACUUCUGCGGAUAGUAAAUUUUGGGAGCGUUGUGAUUGUUUGAAUUAAAUGCUGUAGAUUUAAUUUAUUUUUAUAUGAACUGCAUAUAACAUUCGUGCCUUUAAAAAAAAAAAAAUCAAAAACAGAAACAAAACUGUGCCUAUCCAAUUUGUUUUCCAUGUGCCUCGCUUCCUUUUUUUCAAAGUUUGGCUUUUAAUCGAGAAAUCAUGGCGUUUGUAUCAUACACACAACUUUGUUGAAAAUUCCUUGGACUGGGAUUGACUUAGAAGGCAGAUUUGCAAAAAAAAAAACUGGGGAUCAUUUUAAGAAAGGUUUGAAAUACUGGAUUGCUUCCUCAUGGGGUAAUUGCAAUAAACGCAGUUAUAGUAAAGGGAGAUGCAUCGUGCGGGACUUUGAAACUUGGAGAGAGUAACUUGAAGGUCACCAAAGAUGAAGAUCCUGAAAAAUCACAGAAGAUGGUAAAAUCAACCUUUUAAAGGCAAACAGUAUUUCCUUUCACUUCGACUGCACUUCUUUGGACUUUGGACGCUUUUGGGGUUGUGUGAUGUGAAUGUAAAGACAUAGUGGCUUGGGAGGAAUGGCGUUUUAGAAGGGUAUUUGAUGGCAGCAGGAUGACAAGUACUGCCAUUUCUCUUAUUUUUUUUUUUAUAACCACCAAUUUUAAUAACUGUAUUGUCAUCUAAUCUGCUUGACACAGCCUAAAUACAGGGAACUGACACAUUAGCUGUGGCUUUUAAAGCAAGUCACUAAUUUAGAAAACCUAUUACAUAUUUGUAUUAUUCAGUGUUUUUUCAGUGUCGAAAUCAGAAGUAUUGGUGCAAAAUAAUUCAACGAACUGCACAUAGGAAUAGGAACUUCAUAGGACCAUUCUGAAUGCCGGUAUCUACUUCAAAUUCUCUAUUAAAACCUUAAAGCAUGCUUGAACUAAUUCAUGCAGAACCAGUAAUGAACUGGACUGCUAAAGCUUUACAAGAAGUUAAACUUUGUAGAGGCUACGUAAAUUCUAAUGUAUACUACACACUUCUGCAAAUGAGAGUUCCUUUGUUAGCACUAAGCAUAUACUGUACUGUAGAUUUGAUGAUAAGGGGAUAUUUGGCUCUUAAUUUGCUAAACUUACUGAAUGGUAAAUUUGUAGCUCAUUAAAUGGUACAGCCUUUUGCUGGAAUCUUAAUUGUAACCUGCUUUGUAAUCAAACUGUGUUUAACAUGGCAAUAUUUUGUUAAUGAAAACCCAAAAUUGUAUUGCUAUUUUAAAUGAAGCAUUACUUUCAUUUCUAAGUAAAAUGAAGUAGUUAUGUUUCAGCACUUUUGAACCAGCCUUCAUUCAGGGGAUAUAUACAUUCGAAUUGGCUGCAGGUUACAAUUUUGAAGCCAUACAAGUUUAUAUAUGCUUUUUGUAAAGAAAUUAAAAGAAAACCAAUGUAAAAAGUACAUGUAGCUGUCCGAUUAAGAAAAGAAAAGGUAUGUAGCAAGCUGGUUCUUGCUUGUGUAUAGAGCAAUAUCCAUUGUAACUGCCUCCUAAGAAAACUAAUUUGUAAACACAACUCUAAAGGAUCUGGAUUUUUAUGAAUUGUUACUUCAUCAGACUGUAAAUGAGAGCAUACAAGUUUAUCUUACAAAAAUUGUAAAUACUGCUGACUCUUCUUAAAAUGUAAAUUUUUUUAAAUGCACCCAUAAUAAACAUGUAAUAUAUAAUUUAAA